UCAUUGCAGGGGUCGUAGUUUAUUUGUGUUUGAACAAUGUCAUAACACAGAGUGCGAGACUUUGCGAGGUGUUAAGAAGGAGAGGACGACAACGUGGGACAGAUCAGGACUGAAAGAGAAGCCAACAUGGGUUUUGCAGAUCUUCUAGAUGAAAUCGGUGGACUUGGACGCUUUCAGCUGAUCCACAUCAUGCUGCUGUCCAUCCCGGGUCUCCUGAUGGCCAGUCAGAAUUUACUCAAUAACUUCACGGCAGGAAUCCCGGCACAUCACUGCACCAUUCCCAACCUGACGUCGGCCCUGAACCUGUCCAUGUCUGAGGAAGACGAGAUCUCUCUGCUGAGAGCCUUCAUACCAGAGGCAGAGUCUCAGCUCUCAAAAUGCAGCAGGUACCUUCAGCCCCAGUGGCACCUGGUCGAAAGAAACCACAGUCACUCUGGGAAUGUGAAUUUGACUGAAAUGGAGACGGAGAGCUGCGUGGACGGAUGGACUUACAAGAGGACUGAGUUUAUCUCCACAAUCGUGUCUGAGUGGGAUCUGGUGUGCCGUCUCCGGCCACUCAAACAGAUGAGUCAAACCAUCUACAUGGGUGGAGUUCUCACAGGUGCCAUUAUUUUUGGAGGGCUUUCAGACAGGUUUGGGAGGAAGAUGUUACUCACCUGGUCGUAUUUUCAAUUGGCUGUGUUAGGGACCUUCACUGCUUUUUCUCCAUCGUACCUGGCUUACUGCACCUUCCGCUUCUUCACCGGCAUGGCUGUGUCAGGGGUUAUCCUCAACACCGUCUCACUCAAGGUGGAAUGGAUCCCCACAAAGACCCGCACCCUGGUGGGUUCCCUCUCAUCCUUUUUCUUCACCUUUGGUCAGAUGAUCCUGGCAGGAGUAGCAUACAGCUUGAAAGACUGGAGGAAACUGCACCUGGCCGUCUGCUCCCCGUUUUUCAUCACUUUCCUCUACAGCUGGUGGUUCUCGGAGUCAGCACGAUGGUUGGUGUUGAACGGUCGCUCGGGCGAAGCUCUGCAGCAGCUCCACCGUGUGGCCAGGAUCAAUGGCAAACAUGAAGUGGUGGAGAAAAUCACGCUGGAGGUGCUGCAGUCACACAUGCAGAAAGAAAUUCAGUCCAGUAAGAUGGUGUUCACGGCGUAUGACCUGCUGCGCACUCCCGUCAUGAGGAGGAUCUCCCUGUGCCUCAUAGCUGUCUGGUUCUCUACCAGUUUUGCGUAUUAUGGUCUGGCUAUGGACCUGCAGAAGUUCGGCGUGAACAUCUACCUGAUGCAGGUAAUAUUCGGGGCAGUGGAUAUUCCCGCUAAACUGGUAGCUCUGGUCAUGCUGAGCUUUUUAGGUCGGCGUUUAACACAGGGCACGUGUCUGCUCGCAUCGGCCUUCGUCAUCUUCAUCAACAUCUUCAUCCCUAAAGACAUGCAGAUCCUGAGGACGAUGCUGGCUGUGCUGGGGAAAGGGUUCACCUCCGCGUCCUUCACCUGUGUGUACCUGUUCACUGGAGAACUUUAUCCUACAGUCAUCAGGCAGACUGGGAUGGGUUUUGCCUCCACUAUGGCUCGUAUCGGCUCCAUGGCAGCUCCAGCGGUUCUUAUCCUUGAUGACGUGUUUCCUGCGUUGCCCAGCAUUGUUUAUGGAACGGCAGCCAUAAUCGCCGGAGUCACUGCGUUUCUGCUUCCUGAAACUCUGAAUGUGCCGCUGCCCGACACCAUCGCAGACGUGGAGGAGAAAUGGUCGAAGAAACUGGGCAGGUUUCAGGAGCAGGUGCAGUGCGAGACCAUGGCACUCGACACACUCGGUCACACAUGCAGAGGAACGUGAGGCGCAACGAUCGAGUGGACUCCACGCUCUCAAACACACUCUCAACACACUCUGUUUAUUCAACGUUUAUUCAUACGGAUCCUGUGUCAGGCUUUAACCUUCAUGUAGUGUACAUGAGAUGAAAAUAAAAAGAAUGGAAAAAUCACAGUUACCGCUGCUCUGCUUUCCUGUCUCACUGCAAUGCAUUAUGGGUAUUUCAAUUUGUUCACACGGGCAAUCGUUACGAAAACACACAU